AUGUCGUACCCUCUGGACGAAGUGACGGUCACCUACCAGGACCGCGUGGCUAUCAUUACCCUGAACCGACCCGCGAAGCUCAAUGCCUUGACCGGUGUGCAUUAUUACCUCCUCGGAAAGAAGAUGAGAGAGGUUGCGGAGAGGGAUGACAUAUAUAUCACCGUACUUACGGGGGUUGGAAGGUUCUUCUCGGCCGGUGCAGACGUCCUGCGAAGCGUGCCGGAAAAGGACGGUAACGUAGACGGACGUCGGGAUAUUGUUGAGGGCUUCGUUGCUAAUAACAUCGAUCUGACACAUACUUUUUACACGCACCCAAAGAUCCUAGUUGUUGCUCUUAACGGGCCUGCUGUUGGGCUUUCCGCUGCCUUGGUCGCUUUUGGAGACUUUAUAUAUGCUACUCCUCAUGCCUACAUCCUCACUCCCUUCUCUUCUAUCGGCUUGGUUACAGAGGGAGGUUCUAGCCAUGCGUUCGUCAGGCGGAUGGGCCUAGCUAAGGCGAAGGAAGCUCUUAUCAUGAGCAAACGUAUUUCGCCCGAGGAACUGUUGCAAGCAGGCUUCGUCAAUAAGAUUUUCACUCCGGCAAGCGGAAAAGAGGAUGACUCAGAUGCAUUUCUCAAGAUGGUUCUACACGAAAUUGAGAUGACUCUGGGUACUCAUCUGAACCAGGACAGCAUGCUGAAGAUCAAGGCACUGAUUAAUGCCCCAGAUAGAGAUAUACUGGACAGACAGAAUGUCCUCGAGGUAUUCGGGGGGUUAGACCGUUUUGUUUCCGGUAUUCCCCAAGCUGAAUUUAUGAAGCUUGCCUCUGGACAGAAGAAGCACAAACUAUAG